UACUGAUGAUCUACUUGACACAAGUGAAAAAUAUGGCAAAAUGACCCCAGUAAAACAAGUAACAUUGGAUAUAUUUUACGCAUAUCUAUUCCUGAAUAUUUACUGGAAUAUUUAGAGGAAAAUAAUGGCUACCGAUAACAGAAGAAGUUACUCAAAAGUGGUUAUGAGGGAAGGAAAAGAGAAGGGGUCUGUUAGCAGAAUAAAAAAACUGAAAAGAAGAAUCUCAGCCAGUUUUGGUCGACUGUCAAUAUCAAAAGAAGACACCAUACAUGAAAGUGACCAAGAGAGCGCAGAUGAACUACUGACCAAUGGAGAGUCGACAAAGACAGGAUCAUUAUCCCCACCAGACUUAGCUCUACAGAGAUGUUCUCAUAAUGGUGAUAAUGUUCUACAAAAUCACUCCUAUAAUAAACAUAUAGGGGGCUAUCAUACACUAGGAAGACAGGGUACAUAUACUGGAAUUCCAGAGACAUUUUUGUCAAGUUUCACAGCUAAUACCCAUACGACUGUGAAGAGGCACCAUUCGGCAGGUGAUAUGUUAGAUGACGCCCAGUUUACUGGAACAGAUGAUCAGAGGUUGGGCAGACCAAGAUCUGAGGGGCACAGAUAUCAUCAAACAUUUGCUCAGAAACGCGCUUCCAGUUAUGGGGGGAAUGGUCAGUUUGGUAGGGCAGAAUCAUAUCAAAAGUUGGAGCAGCUUGGAGAAGGAUCAUAUGCAACUGUAUAUAAGGGCAUCAGUAGUUUAACAGACCAGGUUGUAGCAUUAAAAGAAAUCCGUAUUCAGCCCGAGGAGGGUGUCCCAUUUACUGCAAUCAGGGAAGCUUCUCUACUGAAAGGUCUUAAGCAUGCCAACAUCGUCACAUUACAUGAUAUCAUCCACACUAAAGAAACCCUCACUUUUGUCUUUGAAUUUGUAAAUACAGAUUUAAGUCAGUAUUUGGAGAAGCAUCCUGGUGGCUUAAAUACAUUUAAUGUAAAAUUAUUUUUGUUCCAAUUACUCAGAGGUUUAGCCUACUGUCACCAUAGAAGAAUUUUACAUAGGGAUCUCAAACCCCAGAAUCUACUAAUAAGUGAAAUUGGAGAGCUGAAGUUAGCGGACUUUGGUUUAGCACGUGCCAAAUCAAUACCUAGUCAUACAUAUUCCCAUGAAGUUGUCACGUUGUGGUAUAGACCACCAGAUGUACUGCUUGGUUCUACAAAUUAUUCAACAUCCCUUGACAUGUGGGGUGUAGGUUGUAUAUUUACAGAAAUGUUAUCGGGUAUGGCAACAUUCCCUGGCAUGAAAGAUGCCUAUGAUCAGUUGGACCAGAUUUUCCGAAUACUGGGUACACCUUCAGAGAGCACCUGGUGUGGUGUCUCCAAAUAUCCACAGUUUGAUGAGAAGAAAUUUGUCAGUUAUACAAAACAAAGUCUUUCCACGAUAGUCCCAAAACUUGCCUACCUUCCUCAUGCAGAAGAUCUAGUCAGUGACUUACUGCAGAUGGAUCCAAGGCAAAGAAUCUCAGCUAAAGCCGCUAUGUGGCAUGACUAUUUUUGUGAUUUACCUCCAAAAAUUCAUGAUUUACCAGAAGCUUCCUCUUUAUUCAACAUUCCUGGUUUAGCACUGUACCCGGAAAUGGACGAUAUGAUUUCCCAAUCUAUGUCUCCUUCAAAGCCAACACGCCGGUCAAGAAUUAGAACUACACUCAAAGUGUAAAUCUGUUCUUUGUGUAAUAAUCAGUGCAUUUAAUAUAUGUCAAAAAACUGAUGGGAGCUUAUUUAUUAAUCUAAGCCAAGUCAGUAUUCUAAACUUCACUCAAAGUGAAAAAAUCUUGAAAGAGUUAUAAAAGGUACAUAAAUUACUAACAUCAAACUAAAAGCAGAAGACAACAUACAAACGUAUCUUAUUGAUCAAAACAAAUAUAGUGUUCAAGAAUAUAUGUGCACUAUAAAAUCGAAAGUGCAAAUAUUUAAAAAGUUUAAAUGAAUAUAAGAUGAUAUUGCUUCUGUGAAAACAGAGUGAUUUGGGCUUUAUAUAUUGAGGAAUAGCAGCAUGACAUUCAAUAAUAGAACAAGUUGAAUGUGUGUUUGUAUAAAAGUUGCGGAGUAACAUUGUUUGGAGACCAGCUAUCAAAACAAACAUCAUUUUCACACCCCAGGAUGCACCAGCACAAAUUCACUGUGUUUAUUCUGUUGUUAUGUGGAUAUAUUAAAACCAAGGUAUGCAAAGACUCAGUUGAAAGUACUCCUGUAUAUAAGAAUGGAAAUUUGUAUGUUGUAUCCUGAGAGAGUUGGAAAUAUGCAAUUUUCGUCAUUACUAUAAAUACAAGUUGAAUACAGCAUCAGUUUACAAUGGCUUAAAGUAAAAGCAUUGAUGUUAACAAUUCUAUUUCCCAGAAUUUAAUAAAUGCUGAUAAAUGGAGUUUAUUGCAAGUUGUUACAGAGUAGCAUCUACUGUUUUGAAUUAAAUUCGGAAGUGUCACAAAUCUCCAUUUUCAGGUAAAAGGAUAAACAUAAUUUCAGUUUUACCUCUGUGGACUUUAUAUCAGGAAACAUGUGUGCUUUAUUUUGAUAUAACCAGUAAGGCUGUGCAAGGUUGAAAGAUAUUUUGUGUCGUGAAUUAAAACUGGAGAUUGUUGAGCAUUUCAGGAAUGAAUUUAUACAUUCCAUUUUUAAAGCAAACUUCGUAUAGACAGGUCUUUGUUCAUUGAAAAGUAGCUACUUUAAUUAUAUACAUGUGUACUUUGUCUAUUCUGUAGUGGUUCUUAAUUGGAUGGAAUGUGAAUUAUCUGUUGUAUGAGAUCAUUUUUCUGAAGAAAAAAAAAUCAGCUGUGCAUUAAUGCUGUGAUCAGAGUGUUAAGAUUGCUACUCCCUAAUAUUCAACAACUUGAAGCAGAAUUCUCAGCAAGGACAUAAUGCUGAAGACAGUGUACAAUAUUCUCUAUCUUUGACCUGUAUUGAAUAGUUCUUAGGUACAGAACUGUAGGUAAUUAAUGAUAUUCCUGUACUAAGCAUUUUGUAGGUGUACCAUUUGUUCGUGAAAAUGCUACUUUUAUGUUUUUGAAUAUGUUGAUAUUGCAGGGAAAUUUACCGUAGAAAAUGAGGCAAGGUGUUGUAACUAACUGUUAAAACACUGAUCACUCGAGAUCGCAAAAGCUUGAAUAAAAUACUGAAGUUGUUGAGGGUAUUGAGUAAUUCAGAUGCUGAUUAUGUUCACUUGAGAAUUCUUUCACUCUGUCAUUGUUUACACACUAUUCACAGAAUUAACAGUGAUACAUGAUAAUUAAAGCAUAUGUAGAUUGUACAACAACAGAGAAAUUUCUAAGUUUGCUUGAUAUAAACAUUUUGUCCAUUAAUUAUGAAACGGAAUAAACCAUACAGGAGAAUAAUUUACCAUUUGGAUUAAAGAGGGAAGGUUUCAGUUUUGCACAAGCCAGCAGUGCUGGAGGGAGUGCUGUUUUGCUCUACCUAGAAGAUGAUAAAAGUCUAUAAUUCCAUGCACUUUCUUAACAGUAGGAAUGGUUUUCUAUGUUAUAUUAUGUUAGUGGUAACUGAUUCUUGUCUGUGACCAACAACUGUCCAUGCUAAUCUACAGAAAUUUGUUGUAUAUUUUGAUAUUGUUGGUGGAUUGACCAAUCUUACAGUGAAUACCAUGGAUUAAUGUAACUCUGUACAAAAUUUAGCUAAAUUUCAGCCAUUCUAUAGACCAAGCUUACCUUGCUUAGUAUUUGUAUGAAAUGUUAUAAUUUAGCUAUGUGUAUUCUCUGAUUGUAGGACAUUUGCCCCCCAGGACAUUUGCCCCCCCAAUGAAAAAACAUACUACCGGACAUUUGCCCCCCAGUUGAAAUGGCAGAUAGGACAUUUGCCCCCCACUUCUUAUUUUUAGAAUGGACAUUUGCCCCCCAGUAUUUUUAUCCUAUGUGCCAGUAGAUAUACUGUGUUUUAUGUUGUUUAAUUAUCAAAAUUACUCUAAAAGGCAAUUUUCAGUAAAAAAAAUGUAUUUUAUUGAUAAAAAUUUGAUGAAUAUGUUAAUUACAUUCAGGUGUUAAGGUAAAUAAUAGCCUAUUAUAGAGUGAUAAAAGUGCACAUAACAAUGUUAUAAUUUUUUAGCUCAUCUGAUUUUUUGAAAAAAAAUGAUGAGUUAUUGUCAUCACUUGAGCGGUUGUCGGCGUCGGCGUCGGCGUUGCCUGGUUAAGUUUUAUGUUUAGGUCAGCUUUUCUCCUAAACUAUCAAAGCUAUUGCUUUGAAACUUGGAAUACUUGUUCACCAUCAUAAGCUGACCCUGUAUAGGAAGAAACAUAACUCCAUCUUGCUUUUUGCAAGAUUUAUGGCCCCUUUUGUACUUAGAAAAUAUCAGAUUUCUUGGUUAAGUUUUAUGUUUAGGUCAACUUUUCUCCUAAACUAUCAAAGCUAUUGCUUUGAAACUUGGAAUACUUGUUAACCAUCAUAAGCAGACCAUGUACAUCAAGAAACAUAACUCCAUCUUGCUUUUUGCAAGAA